AUGCUCUAAUAAUCUUAAAAUAUUGAUUACUUGUAUAUACCUACUAGUAAGAAUUUACAAUCACUCCUUAAAACAACAACCUUUUGGACCGCUGGAAAUGUUCAAUCAGCCUAUUUGAUUAAAUCCUAACUAGUAAAUCUAACUAAAAGUCAGAAUUACGAAUAUGCAUUAACCAAAGAUGGCUCAUUAGUAAAAUUUGGACAUCAAAAAACCAAAUAUUGUAACCUCUUUAAUGGUCUAUAUAUUCUAUCCUAUACUGAUAAGAGUUUUUUGUUAACUUCAUACGACAGAGUAAAAGAGUAUCAUUGCACUGACCAAAAAUAAUUAAAAAAUUGGAUCGAACUUCUAAUAAGGUUUUGCGUAACAAGGGGCCAAAUCUAAACUAGAUUCAGAUUUUUAAGUCAAAUCAAUAAUGGCAAUUAUUCAAAAGGUUAUCUCAUCGAGGACAAUAAGUAGAGACAAUUUGUGUGCAAGACCUUCCAAAAGACUGACUUGGUCAAAGUUACUAAACUUAGAGAUUCUGUAAUUGGCGAAAUGUUGCUACUCAGACCUAUCGAUCAUCCAAAUGUAAUUAAGUUAUUAGAAAUUCAUGAAGACAAUAAAUAAAUUUAUUUGAUAUAUGAAUAUGCAAAGGGAGAAUUGUUUCAAGAAUUCUAAAAGAAGAAAGCUGAGAAAUCUCAAUUUAGUGAACAAUAGAUUAGCAAUUUUAUGAAAUAAAUUUUUGAAGGUCUUAAACACAUUCAUUCCCUUAAUAUUAUGCAUAGAGACAUUAAGUUAGAAAAUAUUCUUGUAAAAGAUUCUUCAACUAUUGUGAUUGCUGAUUUUGGAUUGGCAGCUAAAAAAAUACCCAAAUUCGAAUACAAAAAAUAUGGAACUCCAGGAUACAUUGCACCUGAAGUCCUCAAUUUGAAAGUCUAUAAUGAAAAAAUUGAUAUAUUUAGUGCAGGUGUUGUGGCUUAUAUUUUAUUGACUCAACAACCUUUAUUUUCUGGAAAUACAAUCAGUGCUAUAUUAAAUUAAAAUACGGCAGGAAGAAUUGAUUUUAAUAAUUCUAAAUUUGUCUGUCUUAGUAAGGAUGCAUAAUCAUUUCUUAAAAGAGUUUUAUGUUUAGAAGAAAAUCAAAGACCAUCUGCAGCAGAUUGUUUAGAUUCACUAUUUUUAUAACUUUAAACGGUUAAUAAUGAAUUAGGAACUCCAUAAAAAUAAAAAGAAGUUCGAUUAAGUUACUUGGGAUCAUCAGUUUUACCUGAAUAGAUUAAUCUUUCUAAGGCAAAGAGAAGAUCUAUGAGAUAAUAUAUUUUAUUGAAAUAAGCCAUCAUUACUGAAAAAUAGAAAACAUAAAUGAUGUAACAAAUAGUUGAACAAUAACAAGGAGAAGAAGAAGAAUAAGAAAAUCUGAUAGUGCAGGAAACAGUCAAGAAUAUAGCAGGCUCUUUCUAUACUGAGACAAAGAAUGGAUAAAAUGGUGAAUAAUAAAUAGAAAGUGAUUCGGGAGAGAGUAUGAAUGGGGAGGAUUCUUCUGAGAGUGAUGAUGACGAUGCCAAUUUAUUUUUAGAGGAUGAUUCAUGCCAUAAUUUGUCCUCAAAACUUUCUCAAUUAGGUGGAUUCGAAAUAAAAAUGAAAAGAUGA